UGGAAAGGCACAUGGCGUGGCAUCUUGGCUUAUCGGAAUGCUCGAGAGGGUGCACUUCCGGCUGAAUAUAUCGUAUUUGAAAUCGGUACAAGGGACGGUCUUUCCGCUAGCCAAGCUGAAUAUUCGAAGCCUCUUUCGCGCGUCGUGCGCCUUGCUACGACCUGCUAUCCAUAACGACUUUUUCCGCCGCCGCCGAUAUGACUUCCGCCGUUGAAUAUCUGGUGAAUUCUGAUGCAUCGACUAAUGACAAACUUGCUGCGUUACGACUCGACGAGAUCGUGACAAUGAAUGUUAUUGGAACUACCACUUAUGCUCGGACUCGUGGAAAUAACUGGUUCAGGCUAUUGUUCUUCAAUAUAGGGGUUUACACCUGGUACUUACGGGUGACAUGGGGUUACGUGUUUUGUUCUUGGAUAAUCGGCGAGCUUCCUAUUUUUGAUUGGGCUUUGACAGUCGUCAUCUCACUACUCACCUCGAUUGUGCUCCUCGUAGCUCUUAUCUUCUGCCAACUCGUGAACAUCCCUCCGGUAAGGGGAAUCUACAGUUGGAUUUCCAAUCGGUGCUUCAAUGGCCUAGGUCUUAUCAACGCCUUCUAUCCAGGUCUCUUCACCGCACUCACCGGCGAGCAAAUCGAAUAUGCAAUGCGGGCACUUUCCUCUGCUCCUUUAAGCUCUUUCCCUCCUGCCGCCAGGCGUGAAUUUAAUCUCGACAUUGCAACUCUGCUGCUUCAACUUGCUUCUGUCGUGUAUGAACAUGAAUCGCAACCCAUUCACGGUGUCUUGAAUGAGCUUAGUGAAGCCAGACCAACGAAUGAACAAUUACCUGAUCUUGGAGCCCUCCCCCCUGGGACUUUGGUCGAUUCGCUUUUCGGUCCUGAACAGGCGGCGCCGAUCAAGGCCGCAUUUGAAGCCGGUCGAACGGCUGGUGAGGAUGCAAUCAGGAGGCUCAGUGACUUCAUUGGGCUCAGGUACGAGCCCGUUAGUGAGUUGAACAACAGUGAGGGCGCAUACUGCUCGUUUUUCUGGAAGCCUGGAGGCAAUUGGGUUGUCGUAACGUUCAAAGGAACGACUCCCUUUGAAUUCGCAGACUGGGUGACAGAUUUCACCGUCAACCUCGUCUCGACAGGGGAAUUUUUGCAGGGCCUCGAUGGUCGUAUAAAUAAAGGUUUCAAAGAUAGGCUGUGGGCCUGGGACCCAGCAGGGGAGGCGGGAUUGUUUCCCGACGGUGGAAGAUCUUGGGACACAAUCCGCGUUGCAUUGCGGGUACUUGCGCACGACCUAGCAAAAACCGAACUGGAAGGUGCGAAAGUGAAUGUUUGGUUCACUGGCCAUUCCCUUGGAUGUGGUCUCGCCUCAUUAGCGUAUGCACGCGCGAUCAAUUCGCCGGGUGAUUUCGAGGGCUCGCCAGUCCUGAUUCGUGACGCAUAUCUCUUCGCUGCGCCCGUUUGUGGCGAUCGCGCGACCUCUUUAGCUUUCAAUACCCUAACCGCUGAGAGCGAGUAUGUGAGGACACUUUGGAGGGUUACGAACGACAAGGAUGCAGUUGCCACAUUACUCCCGCAAUUCGGCGACUAUCCCCACCUCGUGCUUUCUCCUACGAGUCCGCUCGGUUUCGCCCACUUGGGGGCAGAACUCCAAAUGAGGUCCCUCCCGAGAGCAUCCAACGUCACAGGGUCUUUCUUCUCUUUUGACACAGUCGUCGACGUCGUCAGUGAGUUCACGGAAGCUCAGCUCAGAUCUCAGCGCGACGAGCAAGUGAACAACGCCGGUGCAAGGACAAGAAGGUUUGUGGAGUUGGUCGCGGAAAUGAUCCCGUUGCUCGGGAGGAUCAUCGCGCAUGAUACUGUGCUUUAUUGGGACCAGCUCAGUCAAAUUUCUCUUGGGACUCUCAACUGGGUCCAUUGAUUCAGCUUGCGCACGCACGAGAAGAGGUUAUUGUAUUGUCACUUGCUUCUAUGGAGAACCGUUUCGUUUUCGCUUCGGCAUUUA